CGACUCGGUUAGGGGCCACAAAUUGGCGCGAAAUUGAAGGGUGGGAAACACCAGUCAGAGGCCAUCUUUGGGGAAGAACAAUGUCACUCUCAGAUUUCCAUCCACUUCCCCUCAUUCUUCUCUUUCUCUCUCACUCUUUCUCGUUUUCCUUCCCUUUUUCGCUCUGGACCUCGAUUCCGGUCGAUCAAAUCCUCGAUCUUAUGGUUUGGUUUCGUCCUCCGGUGAUUGGGUCCUUCUGUUUUUGUUCUGUUUGACCCUAAUUCGUGUGGAUGUUUGGAAAUGUGGUAUUCUUUUGGUUAGAUUGCGAAGUUGGGAGAUUGGGUUCUGUUGAUUUUGAUCUGGGUGCUUUGAAUCUCGAUGGGUUUGUGAAGGGAUAUUCAAAAUUCGAAGCUUUCUUGCAUGGCAAGUCACUUGUUCAUGUAUGUUGAAGUGAAAUGUUAUUGAGAAUUAGGGAUUUGUUGGAUUGAAUUUAUUGUGAAGGAAGAAUAAGGCUGAGCUUCGGAUUUGAAGCCCUAAAAUGGGAACUCCAGUUAACAUCAUUGUAGGAUCUCAUGUCUGGGUUGAAGACCCAGAAGUGGCUUGGAUUGAUGGGCAGGUUGAAAAGAUUAACGGACAAGAAGUUGAUAUCCAAGCCUCGAACGGAAAGAAGGUCACUGCAAAAUUGUCAAAGAUAUACCCAAAAGAUUUGGAGGCUCCUGCAGGUGGAGUGGAUGACAUGACAAAGCUCUCUUAUCUGCACGAGCCUGGAGUUCUUCAGAACUUAAAAAUCAGAUAUGAACUUAAUGAAAUCUAUACAUACACCGGAAAUAUACUUAUCGCCAUUAAUCCAUUUCAACGUCUCCCUCACAUUUACGAUGCUCAUAUGAUGCAACAAUACAAGGGAGCACCUUUUGGAGAACUCAGUCCUCAUGUGUUUGCGGUUGCCGAUGUUGCAUACAGGGCAAUGAUAAACGAGGGGAAAAGCAAUUCGAUUCUGGUAAGUGGUGAGAGUGGAGCAGGAAAAACUGAGACCACUAAGAUGCUUAUGAGAUACCUGGCAUAUCUUGGAGGUCGUGCCGUUACCGAGGGAAGGACAGUUGAACAACAAGUUCUUGAAUCAAAUCCUGUCCUUGAAGCCUUUGGUAAUGCCAAAACUGUCAGGAAUAACAAUUCCAGUCGCUUUGGUAAAUUUGUUGAGAUUCAAUUUGAUAAGCAAGGAAGGAUAUCUGGAGCAGCAAUAAGAACAUAUCUUCUCGAGAGGUCUCGUGUCUGUCAAAUUUCUGAUCCUGAACGCAACUACCACUGUUUUUAUCUUCUUUGUGCUGCACCACAAGAGGAAAUAGAAAAAUACAAGCUGGGACAUCCAAAGACAUUUCAUUAUCUGAAUCAGUCAAAAUGCUACGAACUUGUCGGUAUAAGUGAUGCCCAUGAUUAUCUUGCCACAAGGAGAGCUAUGGACAUCGUUGGGAUCAGUGAAAAAGAACAGGAAGCAAUUUUCAGGGUGGUAGCUGCAAUUCUUCAUAUCGGUAACAUCGAGUUUACUAAGGGAAAGGAAGUGGAUUCUUCAGUUCCCAAGGAUGACAAGGCGAAAUUCCAUCUUAAAACAGUUGCAGAACUUCUAAUGUGUGAUGUACAUGCCCUUGAAGAUGCAUUAUGUAAGCGUGUCAUGGUUACACCGGAGGAAGUUAUCAAGAGAAGUCUUGAUCCACAGAGUGCCGUAAUCAGCAGAGAUGGUCUAGCUAAGACAGUUUACUCACGACUCUUUGAUUGGUUGGUAGACAAGAUUAAUAACUCGAUUGGACAAGAUGCCAAUUCUAAAUCUCUUAUUGGAGUCCUCGAUAUCUACGGAUUUGAGAGCUUUAAAACUAACAGUUUUGAACAGUUCUGUAUUAAUUUUACUAACGAGAAGUUGCAGCAACAUUUCAAUCAGCACGUUUUCAAGAUGGAACAGGAAGAGUACACAAAAGAAGCAAUAGAGUGGAGCUACAUUGAGUUUGUGGACAAUCAAGAUGUUCUUGAUCUUAUAGAAAAGAAACCUGGUGGAAUCAUUGCUCUCCUUGAUGAAGCUUGCAUGUUUCCAAAGUCGACCCAUGAAACAUUUUCCAACAAGCUUUAUCAGACGUUUAAAGUCCAUAAGCGGUUCGUUAAGCCAAAACUCUCUCGUACAGAUUUCACCAUCUCCCACUAUGCUGGAGAGGUCCUGUAUCAGUCCGAUCUAUUUUUGGACAAGAACAAGGAUUAUGUGGUCCCUGAACAUCAGAAUUUGUUGGGUGCUUCCAGUUGUCCUUUCGUAGUGGGCCUUUUCCCUCCACUCCCAGAAGAAACAUCUAAAUCUUCUAAGUUUUCAUCGAUUGGUUCUCGCUUUAAGUUGCAACUCCAACAACUGAUGGAAACCCUAAAUUCUACGGAGCCUCAUUACAUCAGAUGUGUGAAGCCCAACAACCUUCUAAAACCUGCCAUAUUUGAGAAUGUGAACAUCAUGCAACAACUUCGAUGCGGUGGUGUUUUAGAGGCAAUCAGAAUCAGUUGUGCGGGAUAUCCCACUCGCAAACAUUUCUUUGAGUUCAUAAACCGGUUUGGACUUCUAGCUACCGAGGCUCUAGAAGGGAACUAUGACGAGAAGGUUGCUUGUAAAAAGAUAUUGGAUAAGAUGGGUCUUAAAGGAUAUCAGAUUGGUAAAACUAAGGUGUUCUUGAGAGCUGGUCAGAUGGCUGAACUAGACACCAGAAGAGCAGAGGUGCUUAACAGUGCUGCAAAAAAGAUUCAGAGACGGAUACGGACUCAUCAGGCCCGAAAAAGGUUCAUUGCUUUGAGGGAGGCCACAAUUUCUAUGCAAGCCAUUUGUAGAGGGAGACUUUCCUGCAAAGUUUUUGAAAACCUGAGAAGACAAGUGGCUGCAGUAAAGAUUCAGAAGAAUGCUCGGAGAUAUCAUUCUAGAAAAUCCUAUAACAAGCUCCAUGAAGCUGUUCUUGUUGUACAGACGGGUUUAAGAGCAAUGGAUGCUCGUAAAGAAUUUUGGUUUAGGAAGAAAACAAAGGCUGCUACGAUUAUUCAGGCUAAGUAUCGGUGUCACAGAGCAACCUUAUACUACAAGAAGCUACAGAGAGGAGUGAUUGUGUCACAGACUCAAUGGAGAGGAAGACUCGCCAAGAGAGAACUUCGGAAGCUCAAAAUGGCUGCGAGGGAAACGGGUGCACUGAAAGAAGCGAAGGAUAUGCUUGAAAAGAAAGUAGAGGAACUCACAUACCGUGUCCAGUUGGAGAAACGCUUGAGGGUUGAUUUGGAAGAAGAAAAGGCUCAGGAGAUAACGAAAUUACAGGGUUCGUUGGAGGAAAUGCGGAAAAAAGUUGACGAAACAAAUGCUCUGCUUGUUAAGGAACGGGAAGCUGCAAAGAAAGCCAUUGAAGAAGCGCCUCCUGUUGUUAAAGAAACCCAGGUUUUAGUUGAAGAUACCAAAAAGAUAGAAUCAUUGACGGGAGAAGUGGACGGUCUAAAGGCUACCCUAGAAACCGAGAAGCAACGGGCUGAUGAUGCAGUGAAGAAAUUUGAUGAAGCUCAAGAGUCUCUUGAGGAAAGAAGGAAAAAGUUGGAAGAAACGGAGAAGAAACUACAGCAAUUCCAAGAAUCCUUGACAAGACUGGAAGAAAAAUGCACCAACUUGGAAUCGGAGAAUAAAGUACUACGGCAACAAGCUUUGUCCAUGGCACCAAAUAAGUUCCUCUCUGGUCGCUCCAGGUCAAUUUUACAGAGAGGUUCAGAGAGUGGUCAUUUGGCUGUAGAUGGAAGGCCUAGUAGUAUGGAUUUGCAUAGCAAUUCCAUGAUUCAUAGGGAGCUCUCCGAAGUGGAGGAUAAGCCACAGAAAACUCUAAACGAGAAGCAGCAAGAAAACCAGGAGUUGCUUAUCCGAUGUAUAGCUCAACACUUGGGUUUUCAGGGGAACAGACCUACUGCAGCUUGUAUCAUAUACAAAUGCCUUUUGCAGUGGAGAUCUUUCGAGGUUGAAAGAACUAGUGUCUUUGAUCGGAUUAUUCAGACAAUUGGCCAUGCUAUUGAGACGCAAGACAAUAACGAAGUUCUAGCGUAUUGGUUAUCCAAUGCCUCGACUCUCCUUUUACUCCUCCAGCGCACUCUGAAAGCUAGUGGUGCCACUGGAAUGGUUCCACAAAGACGUCGUUCAUCUUCCGCCACUCUCUUUGGGAGAAUGACUCAGAGCUUCCGAGGGUCACCCCAAGGAGUGAAUCUUUCCAUGAUAAAUGGUGGUGUGGGUGGUGGAGUGGAUACCUUAAGGCAAGUUGAAGCCAAAUACCCGGCUCUACUUUUCAAGCAACAGCUCACGGCAUAUGUCGAGAAGAUAUAUGGAAUGGUUCGGGAUAACUUGAAGAAAGAGAUUUCUCCGCUUCUUGGAUUGUGCAUUCAGGCGCCGAGAACAUCAAGGGCGAGUUUAGUGAAGGGAGCAUCUCGUUCAGUUGCCAACACCGCAGGUCAGCAGGCAUUGAUUGCUCAUUGGCAAGGAAUCGUGAAGAGCCUUACAAAUUUCCUCAAUACGCUGAAAUCUAACCAUGUACCUCCAUUCUUGGUUCGGAAGGUGUUCACGCAAAUAUUCUCAUUCAUCAAUGUUCAACUGUUCAACAGUCUUUUAUUGAGACGAGAGUGUUGUUCCUUCAGCAACGGUGAAUAUGUCAAAGCAGGAUUAGCCGAGUUAGAACAUUGGUGUUAUAAGGCGACCGAUGAGUAUGCAGGUUCUUCUUGGGAUGAACUGAAACAUAUCAGACAGGCCAUCGGGUUUCUGGUCAUACACCAAAAACCAAAGAAAUCUCUCGACGAGAUAAGUCAUGAUCUUUGCCCGGUACUCAGCAUUCAACAGUUAUAUCGAAUCAGUACGAUGUACUGGGAUGACAAAUAUGGCACACAUAGCGUCUCCCCUGAUGUUAUAGCAAAUAUGAGGGUGUUAAUGACUGAAGAUUCAAACAAUGCAGUUAGCAACUCCUUCCUAUUGGAUGAUGAUUCCAGCAUUCCUUUCUCGGUAGAUGAUUUAUCGAAAUCGAUGGAGCGGAUGGAUAUUGCUGAUAUCGAGCCGCCGCCUUUAAUCAAGGAGAAUUCAGGGUUUAGCUUUUUGUUGCCAUGUGCAGAAUGAUGCUUCUGGUUACUGAGGUCAUAUAGCUCUAGCGACUUUCCCUAAGAGAUAGCUUGUGGUAGAAACUUCUAGGUUACUUGUUACGCAAGAAAGAAAUAAGAUGUAGCAUUUGAUUGCUCUGAAGCUCUUCAAAACAUAUUAUGUUACAGCAUAUAUACGUUUUUUUUUGUCUACGAGAGAAAAAUAAAAAGGCAAUUAUU